ACCAAAUUUUCCUCAACAAUUUCCCUCCUAAAAAAAAGAUUCAAGAUUCAAGUCUUUUCCAUUUUUAAGAACCUCACGCUUUUUUUAUUACGAUUUUCUUUUCAAGAACACUCGCCUCUCAUCAUGAACAACACAAUAGGAGAUGGCAUUGAAGGUACUCAAGAUCAUCACAUAGGUGAAAAAAACUUUGAAAAUUAUGGCUAUGGAAUUGGAGUUUCCCUAUUAAUCCUUAUUAUACUUAUACUCAUCACCUAUUCUUCCUACUUAUAUAUUGGAAAAAGAUCAAGUACCAAUAAUUCCUCUUCACAUAAUAUUGUCAGCAACAACACAACCACAACAACUAUAUUUGAAAAUCAAUUGAUUUUCAUUCAACAAGGCCUUGAUGAAACUACUUUGAGAAAUUAUCCAAAAUUACUUUAUUCACAAGCCAAGUCUCAUCACAAAAGGGACAUUUUAAUUUCUUCUGGUUGUUCAAUUUGUUUGGUUGAUUAUAAAGACAGUGAUAAACUUAGACUUUUGCCUGAUUGUCACCAUAUUUUUCAUGUCAAGUGUAUUGACCCUUGGCUUAGACUUCACCCUACUUGUCCAAAUUGUAGAAGUUCUCCUUUUCCAUCUCCUUUGCCUACUCCUUUGGCUGAGGUGGUUCCAUUGGCAACAACAAGGCAAAGUUGAUGAGUCCGAAAAUUUUUACUCACAACUGAUGUUCUGAUAUGUUGUUCGGACUCUUCAAAAGUAUCGUUGGGUAUGUAUCGAAUCCUCCAAAACCUAUGCAUUUUUGGAGGAUUUGAUACAACUGCGACAACAUUUCUGGACGUCCAAUCAACAUAGAUGUUUUGCACACUAAUUAUUAUUUAACCAUGGCUGUGAGUAAAUAUUUUCCAAGCUGAAUCCAUUACCAUUCUUUUUUUUUUCCUUUUCUUUUAACAAGUCCAUUACCAUAUUUGGUGUUUUUUUCCUAGCCUGGUUUUUGUCUUGUUUUUAUUUAUUU